GUCACGCCGCCAGCCUCUGCCCUGCCCUUGCCAGGUUAAUCACCCUGCCUCUGCUCUGGCGUCUCAACAAAAGGGAGCUGAACUGAGCUCAGUGCUGGGAGGCUCCCACUCUCUCGCCCACCACCACCCUCCUCUCCCUUAUCUCUUCCCCCCGGGCAACCUCCUGCUUCCUCUGUCCUCUGCACCUGCAACAAAGGUGGCAAGGCCUUCUCCAAGCAUCCAUAGCAGCACCCCAAGAUGUCGACGGUUGUCAUGAGAGUGGAUCUCGAGUGUGAGAAAUGCUACAAGAAGAUUAGGAAGGUCCUCUGCAAGGUCCAAGACAAGGUGAGCAUCAGGACCAUCACCUACGACGAGAAGAGCAACACGGUGACGGUGUCCGGCCCCUUCGACGGCGAGGAGGUCGCGGACCGCCUCACCCACAACGCCGGCAAGAUCAUCACCGACAUACACGUCGCCGGGGUCGGUGCCUGGGGCGGAGGCGGAGGGAAGCAGAAGCACGGUGCCCCCGCAGCCGCCGCCGCCAAGGCGCCCAAGCCCGGGAAGGGUAACGACCACGGUCAUGGCCAUGGCCACGGGCACGGGAACGCCCAGGGCAAGGGCCACGGCGGGCACGGCGGUGGAGGCCACGGCGGGCAUGGCGGUGGAGGCCACGGCGGCGGCAAGGCGAAGCCGGAGAAGAAGCACGUCAAGUUCGACGACGACGACGACCUGGACGACGACGACUUCGACGAUUUCGACUUCGACAUGGGCAAGCCGGCGGGCGGUGGCGGGCACGCGCACCACGGUCACGGGCACGGCCACGGCCACGGCGGCGGCGGCAAGCCGAAGAUCAUCACCACCAACACCCCCGUGGCGGCGCGUCUCGAGGCGCCCCGCACCGGCCCGUCGAUGUCGAUGGCCGCGGCGGCGCCCGUGCGGAUGCCGGGGAUGAUGCCGCCGAUGAUGCCGCAGCACCAGCAUCAGCCGCAGGCGCAGGCGCAGGCCGCGCCGUCCAUCUGGCCGGCGCCCGCCCCCGAGUGGGGCUACAGCGCGCAGCCGUACGGCGGCCCGCCCGCCGGCGGGUACUACGGCGGCGGCGGGCCCGCGGCGUACGGCCACGCCGCGUACGCGCCGUACGGCGGCUACGGCAGGAGCCCGUACGGGCAGCAGCAGUACUACGAGGAGGAGCCCAGCGCCGGGUGCAGCGUCAUGUGAUCGUAGCUUUGCGCGUGGAAUUUUAUUCAGCUGGGUGCAUGAUGCCUUUUCGUCUCGGAAAUAUACGAAGAUCUGCAGCUUCGUCGUGUUGUUCAUUGUAAAAUUCCUAGUAGAAUAUGUUAGGAUGUACCGUAUUUUUCACUUCCUUUUGCUUUGGUUCAUGGUGUUGUGUUGUGUUGGUAUAUGAGUACUGCUCUCUUUUGUAUUUUGGAGGGAUUAAAGUGAGUAGACGUGUGAGUGUAGGAUGAAGCGCCCCGUCGAAUGUAAAGCUGAACAAAUCGUAUAUAUGCUAUGCUUGUGUCCGUGUUUUUAUGUAUUUA